AUGCUAAAGCCACCAAUUCUAAAAAAAGUCGAUCUUGCACGCAUAAUCCCGCCUGCCAAUGAGUUAUCCGAGCAUGUCUAUUUCCAAGUACAGGCUUGGUAUGGUUCACAAGGUCAAGACGAGACCUUAGGUCCGUUGGAAUGGGGGUGGGAAUUGGUGUAUGGAGAGCUCAGUCUUGUCACCAUGACCCAGGAAGCUGGUCCCGAGGAAAUUUUAAGCAAAAUUUCUUGUUUUUGUGAAACCGACUGUGACACGAGAUGCGGGUACCGCCGAAUUGGGUUGGAGUGCUCACAUGCAUGCAAGCAUUGUGAUAACAUUUGCUCAAACCAAAAAGGCACUUCCAACAGGGUCGAGAAUAGUAACAAAGAAGAAGAUGAAAAAGGGGAAGAAGAUGAAGAAGGGGAAAAAGAAGAAGAGUUUGAACAAGAUGUUAAAUAUUUAAGUUAA